AUGGACGACGACCCGCCCGACCCGUUCUCGCCCGACGCCCCCGGUCCGUCACAGCGCCUGCCCGGCGACGUUGUUACGCCCAGGACCGCAUCGGCCCGGCGCGCUCUGAGGGAACACGAGCUGGCGCUCCGGGCGCACGAGAGCGGCACCGCGGAGUACCGCAGAAUGCUCUCGGACGCCGAGCAGGGGAUGGAGAAACUCCUGACGAUGAACGCGGCGCUGCGGAGGGAGCUCGAGCUGGAGCGGCGCGCGUCCACCGGGGUGGGCCGGGCGGACGGCACCCGCGACGCGUUGCUCGCGGCCACGCUGGAGGACAGCCGGUCUCGACUGCGCGAGACGGAAGUUCAGCUCGAGAGGGUGACGGACGCGUUCGAGGCGCUCAAGCGGGAGCGUGCGGAGGCCACCGCCGUGCUGCAGUCCAACGCCGCGGUGCGCAAGGCGCUGGACGCGGAGCGAGUGCAGCUGGAGGGCGCGCGAGAAGAUCUGACGUCGCGAUCCGCCGAAGUCGCGACGCGCGCGCACAAGGUCAGGUCCGAGGCGGCGCAGCAUCGCGCCGCGCUCGACCUCAAGAUCGUCUCGAGGAUGACAAGGGAGGACGACGCCGCGAUCGCCGCCGCCGCGUUCGCGGCGCUGAGCGGCCUGGAGGAAAAGCUGCUCGAGCUCGAGAGAUUUGCGUCGCGACCCGCGCCGGAGCCGCCGGACAACGGGGGCGCCAACCGGCCGGGCAUCGCGCACGCCGUCGCCGCCGAGCGCGCGAUCACGACCGAGGGCGAGGUACGGCGCGUUCAGGAGCUCAACGUGGAGCUCAGGGAUCGGAUCCGAACGCUCGAGGUUGACCUGCAGAUGUCGCGGGCGCGGGAGGCGUCCGCGGUGGAGGGCGCGAGGCUGGCGAGAGAUUUCGCACGCGCCGAGGACGAGGUCAGGGAGGCGACGGCCCGGCCCGAGGUGGAAGCCCUCCGCGCGGAGCUGGAGAAGGCGAACGAGGCGGUGCGGCGGUCGGAGGCGCACGCCUUGGUGGCCGCCAAGCGUUCGCACGAGGCUGACCGGCUCGAGAUUUUACUCGCGGAGCGCGAGACGGAGAUCAGGCGGCUCCGACGCGAAGUCUCGGAACGUGCCACUGGCGAGGAGAGCCUCGCGAGGCCCGUCGAGGCUCUUCCGUCGCCAUCGCCGAGGAAAUCGCGCCCGGGGACGGCGGAUGGAGCGACGAGGCUUCGCGGCGGCCGAGCCCCCGCGUGGGCGGUGAACGACGAGACAAUCAUCGAGGACGCGACGGAAUCCCGCGAUUUCCGCGACUCCGGCGACGACUCCGGCGACGACUCCGGCGACGACGACGACCCGGAGUACGUCCCAGCGCACGACCUCGAUCCCGUCGCCGCGCUGGAGGAGCUCAAGGCGCACCGCAGGGCUCGGAGGGCGGUGCGAAAGCUUCGGCGCUGGGAAGCCGCGAGGGACAUCGUCCCAGUCGCGCCGGACCGGGAGCCCGACGGUACGUCAGUCUCGGUGUACCGCCCGCCGGCACCCGCGCGGGGCGGUCGAUCGCGGACGAAUUUGAACGGCGAGGAGCCGGUGAGGCGUCAGGUUCAGGGUUCGGCCGGCCCGGGGUUUAGGCGUCAGGUUCCGUUUCGACCCGCGGGCGUCGCGGGGCUGGAGCUGAGCCGCGGGCUGUCAACCGCCAUCGGGCAGGCGAGGCUCGCCCUCGCGGACGCCGAGCGGGAGUUGACGGAGGCGCACGAGCGGCGCAUGAGCGCCAGACGUCAGAGGGAGUCCGUCGCGCGUCUGUACCGGGGAGGUCACGCGAGGACGUCCGUGGCGAGAAAGGAACCGGCGCCUCCUUGGGCUCAAAGGAGGCCUUGA